GUUAUUGUUGGUGGUGUUGAUAUGGUUAUGCAAGCCUUAGCUCUAGCUAAAAGGCCGCAUAUUAUUGUUGGAACACCUGGACGCUUAGUGGAUCACUUAGAAAAUACGAAAGGCUUUAAUUUGCGAGCGGUGAAAUAUCUUGUUAUGGAUGAAGCUGAUAGGAUAUUAAAUAUGGAUUUCGAAGUAGAACUUGAUAAAAUUUUAAAAGUUGUGCCGAAAGAAAGGACUACUUUCCUAUAUUCAGCUACAAUGACCAAAAAGGUAGCAAAAUUGGAGAGAGCUUCUUUACAAAAUCCGGUUCGAAUAGAAGUGUCAUCAAAAUAUCAAACUGUCGAUAAACUAAAACAGUAUUAUUUGUUUAUACCUCAUAAAUAUAAGGAGGCAUAUCUCGUUUACGUAUUAAACGAAAUGUCAGGUCAAACUUCUAUUGUAUUUUGUUCUACAUGUUCAACAUCAUUAAAAAUAGCUAUAAUGUUGCGUCAAUUAGGAUUUGGUGCUGUUCCUUUGCAUGGUCAAAUGAGCCAGAAUAAACGAUUGGCCUCUCUAAAUAAAUUCAAAAGCAAAACACGUCCAAUUUUAGUUUGUACGGAUGUCGCAUCAAGAGGUCUUGAUAUUCCUCACGUCGAUAAUGUUCUCAAUUAUGAUGUACCAACUCAAUCAAAAGAUUAUGUGCAUAGAGUGGGACGAACUGCUCGAGCUGGGCGAUCUGGUGUUGCAGUCACAUUUGUAACACAGUAUGAUGUUGAAUUAUAUCAAAGGAUCGAAAAUUUAAUUGGAAAAAAGUUACCUUUAUUUGAAACAAUGGAAAAUGAUGUAAUGUUAAUAGUAGAAAGAGUGGAAGAGGCCCAGAAAGCAGCAAAACAGAUAAUACGUGAUCGAUUUAUAGAUAAGUACAUAGCAGCCAUACGAACUUCACAAAUAAUGAGAUAUGCAGUUCAGUUAAGAUCCGAUAUUAAGAUGAAUUGUUUAAUAUUUUCAGGAACUAAAGGAAAUGGAAGAAAUGAAAAAUAA